CUAGGGUGGGGGUACAUACGCAAAAUUCUGGCGAUUUUCGAAGAGUAAAAACCGUCUUAUUCUUAUUCAAGGCCGUGAGAGUGGUACAACUAGGGGUAAAGGUGGAUCUAUGCAUAUGUAUGGUCAUGAGUUCUAUGGUGGGAAUGGUAUUGUUGGAGCACAGGUAUAAUUCUAUUCUGAGUUCCACACGGAGCUUGAAUCCGUGACCUCCAUACAGUUGAUAACUGAGUUAUGUGUAUAUAGGUGUCUAGCAGAUAACUGGGUUAUGUGUAGGUUGAGCCUGCAGUAUGUAAUUUUAUAGCAAGCGGUAGUUUUAAGUACACAAAUAAAAACAAGAAAAAACAAAAUGAACAAACGGUGUUUUUGUGAAUGUUUUGUGUGCAAAAAGCAGACCUUUUUUAUCGGAACUCUAGUAGGUAGAUGAGAUUUCUAAUAUUUGUAAACUGUUAUUGUGAUAUUUAAAAUCGUGGUGUUACUCUGAGUGUGCGCACCCACACCGGGCAAGCUGAAAAGUUUGCCUGACCACGGUGGGAAUCAUGCAUUGUCCGAUCGGUGGGACAUUUGUCCGUGGGACAUUUGUCCGAUCAAUUUUAAUUUUGGUCGGACAUAACUUGAAUUUGGUCGGACAAAAACCAACACCGCUAUACAGGGUGUAUCAAAAAAAGCGCAAUCCUCGACUGAAAUGUAAAUUGCUAAACAAAUAAUAGACGAAAACGUUAAAGUUUACAUUCAUUUUAAAGCGUAGCCAUUCAGCUUUCUAACAGUGGGUUGUUUCUUAAAUUUGAUUCAUUGGUUCGCGGGUAAUAAUACUUUACGUUAUUGCGAUUGGAGAUUAAAAAAAUUGAGAUGGAAUAACAAAUCGUUCUCAUGAAAAUAACUGAUUUUUUCAUUAAAACAAAAAAAUGUUGCAUUUUAUUAAAUGGAUUGUAACAAUAAGUAUAAUUACGGCUUUUCUUCCACUAUUUUUAACUCAGUUUGAAACUUCAAAUGCGAUAUAAUUUUGGCUUGGACCAUCUAAGCUGACUGACAUCAACUUGCUAUAAUUUCUGUUUACAUUACAUCGCAAUUCGAUGACACUCUGGCUCAGACACCAGAAUGUUUUGACGAUUUUUAGCAUUCGUUUAGGAUUUUAAAACAACCUGGUCUCUUUUAAAAUACUUUUAAUUUGUUCUUACGUGGUUUUCCAGAUGUAGUGACGAUAACAUUAAAGUUUAAAGAAGAAAAUUCUAACAUUUAAACCGACUAAACAAUAACAUAGUAAACUUGCAUAAUUAAACAGCAACUAAAAAUGAUAGGUUUUACUAAAUCUUUUCCUGUGCAAUUAUUACUAGCAUUGGAGACAAGGAUAAUAGUUUGUUUGAAAGAGAAAAGAACAGGCUUUGAAGUAAGCCCAAAAGCGUUUAACUAGAUAUAGUAUUUCGAAAGUUAUUAAGCACAAAAGAUGAAUUGCGUUUAUUUUGAUACACCCUGUAUACGUCACAAGACAUAUAUAAGUCACGAGACAAGUAUGUAUAGCCAUUCCGGCACAACGUUCAGUAAAAUGCUAGAAUGCCUCGUAAAUUUUAUUGCAAACUGCAAAUUGAGUGAAUUUGCAAUCGGAUUUUGUCACAGCAAAAAAAUGUAUAAUGUGACAACUUUUGUUUGUGAUCGGACCAAUGUCCGAUCAAAAUUACUUUUGCCCGGACAUUUGCCAAAUCUAGUCGGACAUUGUCCGAUGUCCGACAGUAAUUUGCAGCCCUGGAAUCGAACCCACGACCUUUGGGAUACUAAUCAAUGCUCUACCGACUGAGCUGCGAGGUCAAGUCGGUUCAAGUUGGUGAUAUUUCGGAACUGUGUCUAGUUUCUUCGAUAUCAAUGUAUCGAAGGAACUAUAUAGACUCUGUCGCGGGUUCCAUUUCCACCGUAGUCAGGCAAACUUUUCAGCUUGCCCGGUGUUUGUGCACACUCAAUGUAACAUCACAAACAUCAUAUUCACCUGAGCACAUAACACCAACACACACAAAAAUAAUUUUAGAUCUUUUUCAGUGCUGUUUUGAGAACCAAACUCUGCGACAAAUCAUUGUUUGUCGAAAGAGUUCAUGAAAAUGCAAUGUAUAAUAAAACAGUUGUUGAAUUCGGUUUUUGUGAUAUCCCGAAUUAUCCAGGUGUCAGUAAGUGUUAUCAAUCUCGACUGGUAACAUUGACCUCAACCUUGAUAAUUCUGAUGUCCCGAAUUAUCAAGGUGUCAGUAAGUGUUAUCAAUCUCGACUGAUAACAUUGACCUCAACCUUGAUAAUUCUGAUGUCCAGAAUUAUCAAGGUGUCAGUAAGUGUUAUCAAUCUCGACUGGUAACAUUGACCUCUACCUUGAUAAUUCUGAUGUCCAGAAUUAUCAAGGUGUCAGUAAGUGUUAUCAAUCUCGACUGGUAACAUUGACCUCAACCUUGAUAAUUCUGAUGUCCAGAAUUAUCAAGGUGUCAGCAAGUGUUAUCAAUCUCGACUGGUAACAUUGACCUCAACCUUGAUAAUUCUGAUGUCCAGAAUUAUCCAGGUGUCAGUAAGUGUUAUCAAUCUCGACUGGUAACAUUGACCUCGACCUUGAUAAUUCUGAUAUCCAGAAUUAUCAAGGUGUCAGUAAGUGUUAUCAAUCUCAACUGGUAACAUUGACCUCAACCUUGAUAAUUCUGAUGUCCCGAAUUAUCAAAGUGUCAGUAAGUGUUAUCAAUCUCGGCUGGUAACACUGACCUCAACCUUGAUAAUUCUGAUGUCCCGAAUUAUCAAGGUGUCAGUAAAAGUUAUCAAUCUCGGCUGGUAACAUUGACCUCAACCUUGAUAAUUCUGAUGUCCCGAAUUAUCAAAGUGUCAGUAAGUGUUAUCAAUCUCGGCUGGUAACGUUGACCUCGACCUUGAUAAUUCUGAUGUCCCGAAUUAUCAAGGUGUCAGUAAAAGUUAUCAAUCUCGGCUGGUAACAUUGACCUCGACCUUGAUAAUUCUGAUGUCCCGAAUUAUCAAGGUGUCAAUGAGUGUUAUCAAUCUCGACUGGUAACAUUGACCUCGAACUUUUAAAAUGCUGAUCAGUGUCCAGAAUUAUCAAGGUGUCAAUGAGUGUUAUCAAUCUCGACUGGUAACAUUGACCUCAACCUUGAUAAUUGUGGACAUCGCAAAAACCUCAUUCAAUAACUGUUUAUUAUCGCACGCUGGAGAACUUUGAAUCAAGUGAAACAUUUCUUCAGAUGGUUUACUUAUAGCACUGUACUUAUAGGUUCCUCUUGGAGCUGGAGUGGCAUUCGCACACAAGUACAGAAACAACGAAAAGAUCUGUCUUACCUUAUAUGGAGAUGGUGCAGCCAAUCAAGGACAGGUAAAACUGAGGACAUGCAUACUCGAAUGAGAACUAAAAGAUUCUGAAUUUAAACAAUCCUUUCUAUACUUCUUGUUGACAGCUUUUUGAAACUUUUAACAUGGCGAAGCUUUGGGAUCUACCGUGUGUGUUUAUCUGUGAGAAUAACCAAUAUGGUAUGGGCACCGCUGCCAACCGUGCUUCUGCGGUCACUGACUUCUACACACGGGGAGAUUUUGUUCCUGGAAUACAGGUUAGUGCACUUUAAUAUCAUACCGUAUUUCCUCCAUAUAGCUCCUGGGAGCUUAUUAGUCGGGGGUAGGCUUGGGCGGUUUUUCGUUUUUUUCCGGUUUUAUUUUCAAACCGUUUUUUUCGGUUUAGCUUUUACAAAAACCGAAAAACCGUCAUUACGAAAUUGUUUACUGUCAACGCCCGAAACUCGAUCCUAAUUCUCAAAACAUGACACUAAUUAAACACAAUUACAUGACACUAGAUACAAAUUAUAUUCUUUUUCCGUAAAGUCGGUAAGAACUAAAGAGGUAUAAGUUUUCAAAUGCGUUCUUGACCCUUUUAUUUUAAAACUGAAGUCGUUUUAGGUUACCUUUACACAAUUUUGCGUUUUGUCAUGUUCUGUUCGUUUGCUUAUGUCAAAAAAUACCACAAUUGACCAUUUGCGUAAUAGACUAAAUUUUGAACUAAACAAGUCUAGACAAAAAAUUCAUCACAGCUUGAAGGAGCAUCACAAAAUUAGUAAUAUUCCAAAGUUUCGUUGCAAAAUGUUGUAAAAUGCGGAAAAUAUAGCCUUGCGAAAUUUGCAAUUUUCAGUCAUUUUAGAUUACAAAUGGGAAAUUGACAGCCCCAAACCCUUCGAGGCUGUCAAUUUCCGGUUUGUAAUCUAAAAUGACUGAAACUUGCGAAUUUCGCAAGGCUAUAUUUUCCGCAUUUUACAACAUUUUGCAACGAAACUUUGGAAUAUUACUAAUUUUGUGAUGCUCUUUAAAGCUGUAAUGAAAUUUUUGUUGAGAUCAAAAUUUAGUCUAUUACGCAAAUGGUCAAUUCCUCCUCAUUCAGUUGAAAUACAAAUUAAAGGGAAAAAACCGGUUUUCCGGUUUUACCGGUUUAGAAUCAGACGGUUUUUCGGUUUUGAUUUUAAGCAAAACCGCCCAAGCCUAGGGGGGGGGGGGUGUUUCGUACAAAACUUGAAAGUCCUUGAAUGUCCUUGAAUUUGAAAACAAAACUUCAAGGUCUUGAAUGCCCUGGAAUUUGUAAAGAAGUACUUGAAAGUCCUUAAAUUUUUCUUGCUUUAGUUUUUGGAUAUUUUCUGAAAUUGUUUGACAUUCAAAACGGACAUUUUGUUGAAUUGAUCUUGCAUGUUCAUAUCUGACAAAGCUGUUUGAAACUCACUAAAGUUGCGUUUUGAAAAUUUCAGCGUCAGAUUUUACUGAUUUCUAACUCCUGUUCUUCAGUAUUUAGUCCUUGAAUUUGCUGACACAUGGCCUUGAAUUUCCUUGAAAAGUCCUUGUAUUUGACUCUUCCUGACAUGUACGAACCCUGAGUUUAUCUUCAGCAAGAUCUCAGCAGGUCUAUGAGUUAUCUAUCUGUCUCGUAUGACCUUCCUGAUCCUUGCAAUAUUAAACAGCAUCAGUUUGAGGCAGCCAUCAUUCUUAUUGGUGGUUUGCUAUAGGCGAUGCUAACAUUGUCCAUAUCAUACAUAUAAACUUCAUCCAGUCCGUGGACUUGAUCAAACUUCAUCCACUACUGCUCAAAAGUAUUACGAGGCAAUUUCUAUGUGGUGUAUUUGCGAUAAAAAGCGUUCAAAUUAUUUGCAGCAAUAAAAGCAAAACUUAUUGAACUUCGGACAUCAUUUUCUUUUUGGUGUACCAUCUAAAAUCUCUUCAUUUUUUUGCAUUAUUUUACAAAUGAAGCAUCAAACACACUUCUUAAGUUUGCAUGUUUAUAGAGAUUCGAAGUCCUUUUCUUAAAAUACCUUACCACAGUAUAGUAGUACACAAAAGUACACCAGUGGUAAACAACGAGUCGGUUCCCUCAAAAAUGUCUUAUAAAUCCUUCAAAACUUAGAAAUUACCUAUGCAAAAUUACUGUGAUCACAGAGCUGGGAAUUUGGAACGAAAGAUUAUAUACAAUUUUCAGACCUGCUGAAAUGCAGUAUAUAUAAGUUUCAUUGACUGUUCAUCAACUAUAUCUCUCUGUAGCUCAGUUGGUUAGAGCGCUGCACCGGAAUCGCAGGGCUCAGGUUUGAUUCCUGCCAGAAGGCCUAUGGUUAUAUAAAUAUCCUGUUAUUGAUUGAUAGGUUGAUGGUAUGGACAUUCUUGCCGUGAGAGAAGCAACCAAGUUCACUGCAGAUCAUGCAAGAUCUGGCAAGGUCAGGCCAUCAGAAAUAUUUGAACACAGAUAUUUGGUCAGAGAUAAGAUAUUUGGACACAGUUUUAAUGCCAAAAAAAAUAUUUGCGUUUCAGGGUCCAAUUCUGAUGGAAUGUGUCACAUAUCGUUAUUAUGGCCACAGUAUGAGCGACCCAGGCGUCAGGUAUGUUCAGAUCAGUCAACCUCAUUAAUAAUUCAUGAGUAAAUUAGCCAACCAUAUUGCUUUAUUUUGCUCACAUGAUAAUACUGGAUACCUGAUGAAGUAUAUUGAUCAAAAUUAAUUUAGUUCUAGGACUGGUCAAAAUUAAUUCAGUCCUUGGACUGGAUCAAAAUUAAUUCACCUCACUUUAUAGUUGUGAUGUCAUUUCAAAUCCUCCAAUUCGGACUGGACUAGAUCGGACCAGUUCUUAUAGUCGGGUUUGAAAUAUUACUUCUCAAAUUCAUUAAUAAAUCAUGAGCAAUUCAGCCAAUGAUAAUCACCUAUUUGAUCACAAGAUGCCAUUUGGAUAACCCGGUGAAACUUGAUGAAAGUCACUAGUGUUUUCAUCAAAUAUCUUAAUUACGCAUGCAAAAUUACUUGAAUAGAAUUCCUAAUUACGUUAUGCUUGGUUAAGAAUUCUAUUCAAAUCAGCAAACGAAAACAUUCUGAUUACGUCUCGAUUCAUUUGUGAAGCCAUAUAAACAACUCGAGCUCGUGUCUCACCGGGAUAUCCAAACACUUCGCGCUCGUGUUUUUAUACAUUGUUUUCUCGUGUUUGGAUAUCCCGGUGAAACACUCGCUCUCGUUGUUCAUAUAUUACUUGAAACACUUUCGCUACCUUUGUAAUUCUUAUUAACUGUUCUGUGUAUUACGUGAGUAUUUUGUUGGAAAGGUGCAUGCUUUGCACUGGUAUUGUAAUCUACCUUCUGUGUAUGUUGUGUUUGUUCUAAAUUUGUAAAAUCGCAAUGCUAAACGUGUCCUAAAUUUUUUGUAUUUUUCACUAUCUUAGCUACCGAUCAAGAGAUGAAAUUCAGAGCGUGAGAAAAACUCAAGAUCCAAUUGCAGGUUUGAAAGAGAGACUUCUGGGCGCAGACCUCGUCACCGCUGAUGAUAUUAAGGUGGGUCAACUCGUGAAGCUAUAUUUAUAAUACAACCUUGUUUGAAAACUUUAACCAAC